UUUGUUGUGAGGGUCGGUUGUCAAGCAGCGGCCAAUCAGGGCAGGGGAUGGAGGCAAGUGGGGGUCGCCCCUGGAGGAGAGCCUCGGCCUCCGGAGCCUCAGCUGCAGCCCAGUGCUGAACUGACAUGGCUCGAGCCUGACCUUCCAGAAUCCGGAAUCCACACGGGCACACACAGGCCGUUGCUGUGGCUGCUGUGAAUGAUCUAAAACCACGAGGCGGUCCGGGGCUGAGACAGGAGGCAUUCCCUCUGCCUGGAUGUGUGGGAACUCCCUGCCAACUUGAUUGGCGGGUCUGGGGGGGAUCCACCCCCACCCCACAAGCAAAGCACAGUCUAAUUAGUGGGUGGAGCUUCAGGUGCCAGCCAACUGAAGGAUGGCCACCCCUGUGGUCACCAAGACGGCCUGGAAGUUACAGGAGAUUGUCGCCCAUGCCAGCAAUGUGUCCUCGCUGGUCCUGGGCAAGGCCUCCGGGCGGCUGCUGGCUACCGGUGGGGACGACUGCCGUGUCAACCUGUGGUCCAUCAACAAACCCAACUGCAUCAUGAGCCUGACGGGUCACACGUCCCCAGUGGAGAGUGUCCGCCUCAACACCCCAGAGGAGCUCAUCGUGGCCGGCUCCCAGUCAGGCUCCAUCCGCGUCUGGGACCUAGAAGCUGCCAAAAUUCUUCGCACGCUUAUGGGCCACAAAGCCAACAUCUGCAGCCUGGACUUCCACCCGUACGGCGAGUUCGUAGCCUCGGGCUCCCAGGACACGAACAUCAAGCUAUGGGACAUCAGGAGGAAAGGCUGCGUCUUCCGAUACAGGGGACACAGCCAGGCUGUGCGGUGCCUCCGGUUCAGCCCUGAUGGGAAGUGGCUGGCGUCGGCUGCGGAUGACCACACAGUGAAGCUCUGGGAUCUGACUGCUGGCAAGAUGAUGUCCGAGUUCCCUGGCCACACAGGGCCUGUCAACGUGGUGGAGUUUCACCCCAAUGAGUACCUCCUGGCUUCUGGCAGCUCGGACAGGACCAUCCGGUUCUGGGAUCUGGAGAAGUUCCAGGUGGUGAGCUGCAUCGAAGGAGAGCCAGGGCCUGUCAGGAGCGUCCUCUUCAACCCCGACGGUUGCUGCCUAUUCAGCGGCUGCCAGGACUCGCUGCGCGUCUACGGCUGGGAGCCUGAGCGCUGCUUUGACGUGGUCCUAGUCAGCUGGGGCAAGGUGGCCGACCUGGCUGUCUGCAACGACCAGCUGAUAGGUGUGGCCUUCUCACAGAGCAACGUCUCCUCUUACGUGGUGGACCUGACGCGGGUCACCAGGACAGGCACGGUGGCCCAGGACCCCGUGCGGGACAGCCGGCCCCCAGCCCAGCAGCCGGCCCACCCCAGUGCCCCUCUUCGGCGCAGCUAUGAGCGUCCCAGCACAGCCUGCAGCAAGCCUCAGAGGGUGAAGCAGAACUCAGAGAGCGAGCGCCGCAGCCCCAGCAGCGAGGACGACCGGGACGAGCGGGAGUCCCGGGCCGAGAUCCGGAACGCCGAGGAGUACAACGAGAUCUUCCAGCCCAAGAACAGCAUCAGUCGGACACCACCCCGAAAAAGUGAGCCCUUCCCGGCACCCCCCGAGGAUGACAUGGUCUCAGCCAAGGAGGCGGCCAAGACCAACCCCGCCAUGGACCCGCAGUUCCCGGUGCCAAAUCUCGAGGUCCCGCCCCAGCCCCUGGCUGUCGCUGUCACUUCCACUCCUGCGCCCAAGGCCGAGCCCACCAUCAUCCCUGCCACCCGGAACGAGCCCAUCGGGCUGAAGGCCUCUGACUUCCUGCCCGCCGUGAAGCUCCCCCAGCAGGCGGAGCUGGUCGACGAGGACGCCAUGUCACAGAUCCGUAAAGGCCAUGACACCAUGUGCGUGGUACUCACCAGCCGCCACAAGAACCUGGACACUGUGCGGACCGUGUGGACCACAGGCGACAUCAAGACGUCGGUGGACUCGGCUGUGGCCAUCAAUGACCUGUCGGUGGUAGUGGACCUCCUGAACAUUGUCAACCACAAAGCCUCCCUGUGGAAGCUGGACCUGUGCACCACCGUCUUGCCGCAGAUCGAGAAGCUUCUGCAGAGCAAGUAUGAGAGCUACGUGCAGACCGGCUGCACCUCCCUGAAACUGAUCCUGCAGCGGUUUCUGCCCCUGAUCACUGACAUCCUGGCGGCCCCCCCCUCUGUGGGUGUGGACAUCAGCCGGGAGGAGAGGCUCCAUAAGUGCCGGUUCUGCUACAAGCAGCUUAAGAGCAUCAGUGGCCUCGUGAAGAGCAAGUCGGGUUUGAGCGGCCGCCACGGCAGUGCCUUUCGAGAGCUGCACCUGCUCAUGGCCAGUUUGGACUGAGGAGCGCUCGGGUCUGGCCUCAGCCCCCGUUCCUGUUCCGUGUGCUCUCCUGGGCCCGUGAGCCUCUGCCCGGCCCCCUCUGCAGCCCGGUGGCCAUCCUGGAGGCGGCGGCUCUGGCCCACUGGCCACCUGCACAGCCCUGAGCUCUCAAACAACUUCUCCCUGGCAGCGGCUGCCCAGCUUGGCCAACUCCCGCUUCUUGGGGCAGCAAAGAGCACCCUAGGGCUGCUGCUGUAAUUUAUAAGGCGAAUUUUAUUAAAUUUGUAACUAUUCCCUGG